AUGUCCCGUGCCCAGACCCCGCUCAUUUUCGCUCCCAAAACCUACCAGUACACCAAAGGCCACUUAACUGAGGCCGACGUUGCUGGCGACCCCAUUGCCCAGUUCCACGCCUGGUUUGGCGAUGCUCAGCAACAGAAGCCUGAAGGUUCUGAUUUCAUUCCUGAAUCAGUGUCAUUCUCUACAGCUAGGCUCCCGCUGGGGAGGGUAUCGCUGAGAAUGGUACUUUUCAAGGAAUUGGACCCUAAGGGGUUUAUCGUGUACCUGAACUGGGAUACACUGAAGAAGAACGCUGAUUACGAAACUAAUAAGUACGCUGCCUUAACGUUUUUCUGGCCCUACCUUCAGAGACAGGUGAGAGUGGAAGGUUUAAUGGAAAAGGUCAAUCGCGCUACUACCGAGCGGUACUUCAACACCCGCCCUCGGGGAUCAAAGAUCGGUGCCUGGACGCUGCCACAGUCGCAAGUGAUUGCGCUGAGAGACGAAUUGAUGGCUCGCGAACACGAAUUCGAGGAGAAGUUUAAGGACGUCGAACAAGUGCCGUGUCCCGAGAAGUGGGGCGGGAUGAGAAUUGUGCCCCUAGAAAUCGAGUUCUGGCAAGGCGGCGAGCUGAGGCUCCACGACCGGCUUUCGUUUAGACGGGAAAAGGUCGAUGACGAAUGGGAAGUGGUGAGAUUGGCCCCUUGA